GAGCAGGGGAGCUAGCUUGGCAGUGACGCGGGGCCCUCACGUGACCCGGGGCUGCAGAGCGACGCAGCCUUGGGUGCAGUCGUCACUUGCGUCUGGUCUCCAGCUCCGCGCUUCCCUGCGCAGGGCGGGCUGGCAUCGGGCCCUGGGCGAGCGGCGCAGGUCUGCAAGCCGAGAGUCGCGGCGGCGCGUCUGGCAGGAGAAUUGAGAGGAGGACUCCGCGGCGAGGGAUAGGCCCAGGAGAAAUGGAAUCCAAAGAGGAACAAGAAGUAAAAAAUCUCAACAUGGAAAAUGACCAUCAGGAGAAGGAGGAGAAGGAAGAAAAGCCACAAGAGGCUAACAAAAGGGAGCCGCCCGUGGCCCUGCCUUUGGAAACAGGCGAAUACAGCGUGCCUAGAGGAAGUCGCAGACGCUUCCGAGUCAGGCCGCCCAUUGCCCACUAUAGAUGGGACCUGCUGUAUAGGGUUGGAGAGCCCCAGGCAAGGGUGAGACAGGAGAACGUGGAGAGGUUUGGGGAGGAUGUGAGGCAGCUCAUGGAGAAGUUGAGGGAAAGGCAGCUGAGCCAUAGUCUGAGGGCGGUUAGCACUGACCCGCCCCACCACGACCACCACGAUGAGUUUUGCCUUAUGCCCUGAAUCCUGAAGUUCUCUCUGAAGAGAAUAUGGGGACCCCUGCUUCUAAAACGUACAUGUUUGUGAUGCACUGUUGUAAACUUUUUGAUGUUACUUGUUCCCCAUGGGUCUCCACUUACCGCCAGCUUCUAAUUGAAACUUGUGUUUUUGAUUCAGUCUUAAAAUUUUUUUGUUAGCAGAAUUUAUCUAAUGCAUGGAAAGAUGCUCAUUAUAUAUUGUGGAGCUAAUAAAGCAGAUUUAAAAAGCAA